CGUUCCUGGACAUUCAGUGGAAUUUUAUAUUGCGGACAUUUUAAUAAUUAUAGUGAAUUUCGGACACUUUGGACUCUGUGUAGUGAACUGAUGUGAUUAAUCUUGAUUUUGUUGUGAUCUGAGACUCAUAUAAGUGCUCAAUCUUUACAAAAUCGCGGCCAAUGUCAGCAGGCGUGUCAGAUCAGCGGAUGAAAGGGCAAGGGAACCAAGUGACAAAUGCACCGAAAGAGCACCAGUUAGAGAGCGGCGGCGACGAGUUGGCGGAGGUGUCAUGGCGUCACCCGCAGCAACCGUCCUAUGCACCACCCAUCUCGUCUGCUGCCGACCCCUACAGCGCGGCAGGUUAUUACGGUACAACAGCACUUCCUUUUCAAGCUUUUGGAGUCGGGGAUGGGACUUGGUCCACCAAUGGAACAGACCCGAUGACUUUCCUCGGAGGAUACAAUCCUCACGAUUCUUAUGGAAUGGAUGGUAGUGUAUUCGGGCCAUCAAAUACGCCCUUUUCAACUGCCGCAUUCGGGCAGCCAGCUUCAACAUUUAAUUAUUUCCAUGGUAAUGGCGAUUACUCAACUUGGGGUCAAUUAGGUCGUGCAAAACAAUAUGACGAUUACUACAGAGCUGAUGGACUAUAUGUACCCGAUGGAAUUAAGGCGGUGGACGCGGGAGUGCAGGCACUCUCGCUCGACCAUUCUAAGGAUAAAGAUCGCGCCCCCGAGCUUAAAGACGUAUCGAGUGGAAUGCAACCCAAAAAGAUGACUUGGGCGUCAAUCGCCAGUCAGCCGGCUAAACCCGCCCCUUCCUUACAAAGCAGUGGGUUGAAAAAGAAAGGCCCUGGCAUGCCCCCUCCACCUAUAGUGCCUGGUAAGCACAAUAUGGACAUCAACGCAUGGGAUGCCGGCAAGAGCGCACCUGUCGUCACCGCACCGCCUCCGCCGCAAAUGCAACCCCCACCUGUACCUGUACCAGUGCCGAUGCCCGCACCGGCGCCUGCGCCAGCCCCUAUGCAACGUGGCCCGCCGCCUCAACACCAGCCUCCAGCCGGCUGGGCACAUGCACCUCGUGCACCACCACCACACAUUCAACACCAACCGCGGCCGCCCAUGCCCGCGCCACCGACCGUAGCCCCACCGCCUGCGCCACCCGCGGGCGCCCAAGCACACCCAGUACUCGAUGAACUGCGUGUCAAGAAUGAUUACAAUCCAAAAGAGUUCGAUCUGAGUGCCCCACUCGCACGAUUCUUCGUCAUCAAAUCGUAUUCUGAGGAUGACAUCCACCGCAGUAUCAAGUAUGAGAUUUGGUGCAGUACUGAGCACGGCAACAAGCGAUUAGACGCCGCUUUCCGCGAACGUGAGAGGGAGGGCGGAAUGGUCUAUCUAUUUUUCUCUGUGAAUGGUAGUGGCCACUUCUGCGGGAUGGCGCGUAUGAUGAGUGCCGUCGACUACAAUUCUAAUUCGAGUGUGUGGUCACAAGACAAGUGGAAGGGACAGUUCCGCGUGAAGUGGAUUUAUGUGAAGGACGUUCCAAAUGUGCAACUGCGUCAUAUCAAAUUAGAGAAUAACGAAAAUAAACCAGUCACGAACUCUCGCGACACUCAAGAGGUCCCACAUGCAAAGGGCCUGCAGGUGUUACGUAUUAUGCAUAGUUACUGCCAUUCUACUUCUAUUUUUGACGACUUCAUUCAUUACGAGAGGCGUCAAGAAGAGGAAGAUUCUCGUAAAGUACCGCCUCACCCUCAGGAGAACAGUCGUGACGAUCAUGAGGGAGGCGGACGCGGAUAUCGUCCGUACCGCGAUUAUCGUGACCAUCGUGAUGGCCGAGAUGGGCGUGACCGCGAUGGACGUGACGGGCGUGACGGGCGUGAUGGGCGUGAUGGGCGCGAUGGGCGCGAUGGGCGCGAUGGACGCGAUGGACGCGAACACCGCGACGGACGUGAGUUACGCGACCAUCGCGACACUCGCGACUCGCGCGACGUCCGCGAUCAUCGCGACGACCGUGAUGGCAGGGAUAAUCGUGAUCACAGCUACCGUGAUCGUGAUUCUAAUAAUUAUAGACCUCACCAUAAGGACCGAGAUGGCUCUCGCGGCCGUGGCCGUCCCCGAAAUUAAUUGAACUUGAUAUGCGAGGACUAGCUUCUCCCCAUAGACAACUGGAGUUAAAAUUGGUACAGCACUGCACACCAGAUGUGUGUUUAGCAUACAUCGACGAGGAAGUCCUUUAUCAACGUGACCUAACGUCGAUGCGUUACUCCCUGAACAAUUAUAAUGUAACAUAGAGUUUUAUUUUAAACAGUGCUUCACUAACGAAAAACUUUCAACAAAUUAAAAUGUGCUAAAUAUUUUAUACCGAAAGAACGUUUAAUUAAACAAACGCCUAGUGAACAGAACGUUAACUAUAUAUGUACCAAACACUCGUCAUGCGUCGGUUUCGCGUCCCAUGGAAACGAGUAGAAUUGUGGACUUUAUUUCAAAUUCGUGGACUGAAUCAAUGUAAUUUUUAUAACUAGGAAAUUCUGUGGUGAGAGGAGUUGAUCCUUUUGACUAGGGACUGGAGAAGGGUAAUCAGGAUGACAUGAAUAUCACUCAUUUCUGCUGAUCAAGUGAAGUGUUAGAAUGGUACCAUGAUCAUCAGUGUCUGAAAUGAAAUGUAAUGAAAACGUUGUUAGAUAUAAUAACUGUGGUGAUGAAUUGUAACUUUUAUAUUGCAGACAAAUUGUAAUCAAAUGAGGUGUGGACAUUUUGUAUACAUUUUUUUAAUACCAACUGAAGGACAGUUUUGUAAGUGCGUUCUCUCGUGGCAUUGAGUUCAGUUUUACUUCAUGUACUAAAUGGUUUCACAUUUAUAAAUUAUUC